AUGGCCUUCGGCACUCUCGCGUCCUUCGUCACCGUCCUCGCCGCUCUUCAGGUCGCCAACGGUGCCCUCACCCGUCGGGUCGCUUGCCCUGACGGUGUGAACACCGCGACCAACGCGGCGUGCUGCAACCUGUUUGCCGUUCGCGACGUCCUCCAGGACCAGCUCUUCGACGGCCGCGAGUGCGGCGAGGAGGUCCACGAGUCUCUUCGUCUGACCUUCCACGACGCCAUCGGUAUCUCUCGCUCGGCGAACGCUGCUGGCAAGUUCGGCGGCGGCGGCGCCGACGGUUCGAUCGCCCUCUUUGAGGACAUCGAGACCAACUUCCACGCGAACGGUGGUGUCGACGAGAUCAUCGACACUCAGCGCCCCUUCGUCCAGAUGAGCAACAUGACCACCGCCGACUUCAUACAGUUUGCCGGUGCCAUCGGUGUGUCGAACUGCCCCGGUGCCCCUCAGCUCGACGUUUUCAUCGGCCGCCCCGACGCGACCAUGCCCGCUCCGGACCUGACUGUCCCUGAGCCGUUCGACACCGUCGACUCCAUCCUCGCCCGCUUCGCGGAUGCCGGAGGCUUCUCGCCCGCUGAGGUCGUCGCUCUCCUCGCCUCGCACACCAUCGCGGCCGCCGACCACGUCGACCCCUCCAUCCCCGGAACCCCCUUCGACUCCACCCCCGGCCUCUUCGACACCCAGUUCUUCAUCGAGACCCAGCUCCGCGGCACGCUCUUCCCCGGCACGGGCGGCAACCAGGGUGAGGUCGAGUCCCCGCUCGCGGGCGAGAUCCGUCUCCAGUCCGACUCCGAGCUCGCCCGCGACUCGCGCACCGCGUGCGAGUGGCAGUCGUUCGUCAACAACCAGGCGAAGAUGCAGUCCGCGUUCAAGGCCGCGUUCCGCAAGAUGACCGUCCUCGGCCACUCUGAGAGCGACCUGAUCGACUGCUCCGAGGUCGUGCAGACGCCCCCGUCCCCCAAGUCCAACGCGCACCUGCCCGCCGGGGCCACCCACAACGACGUCGAGCAGGCGUGCGCUACCGCCGCCUUCCCCACCCUCCCGACUGACCCCGGUCCGGUCACCUCCGUCGCCCCCGUCCCCCCCUCUUAA